AGUCUCCUGUACAACUAUCCCGGAACAAGUUACCACAGUGCGACUACGUAUGUUUCUAGACAAAACAUUAAUUUUAAUGAACUUCCAGCUCGGGGGGGCCCACACGUGGUCGAGAGCUGUCGUCCCAGAUGGAAGACUGUGAAGAUGCAACAUCAUCUUCAGCAUCAGCAGCCGCCUGAAGCAAAAUGUCAUGAGCUACUUAGGUCGUAGAUUUCGUCCGGCGGAUCUUGAUGGCCAUCCCUAGCCCCACCACCAGUCCUCUACUUCAGACAGCUGCACGACUCGACCAACUGUAUUAGCAUUUUUACAACAAAUCAUGGUAGUGCUUCACGGCCAGCGGCCGGGAGCUCCCCGGGACCACGGCGCCGCCGGGCGACCAAUGAGCCCGCCGAAAAACACCUCCAAUGGCGGCACCUCCUCCUCCUCCGCAGCCGACCGCGCCUUCCACACCCGACCGCCCGGGGACGACAUGUCCCUUCCCUGGAGUUUUGGCGAGUACCGCAACCUACUCAGGUUGAAUGAGAUGCCGUUGGUGCUGCAGGGCUUUGCCCGCGAGAAACCGGAAAAGCUUCGCUACCUGGGCCAGCAAAUCGACAACGACGGACAUAAUCUGCUCCACUGGGCCGCCUUGUUCCCGGAGGAGGUGGAGGUGUUGCAGUGGUGCAUCGAGAGACUGCACUGCAACCCGGCCCAGUUCGCUGUCGAGACGAAGCAGACCCCUUUGAUGUGGGCGAUCACGAAGGUGGAUCCGGUUCGCGACAGCGUGGAGGACGCGACGGGACGCAACACUACGACGGUCUUUUACGGGCUGCGGUAUUUGAUCCAGAAGGGUGGAAAAUCCGUUCUCCGCAUGCGGGACUCGCUCGGCGCCUCCGCGCUCAUCAUCGCCGUCCAACAUGGAAACCUGCCCGGCUUCCUGCUCUGUCUGGGGCAAGAUAUCCACUGCGUGGACGACACGGACGCGCACCAGUGCACCGCGGCGCACUGGUGCAGCUUCCGCGGCGAGUCGCUGAUGGUCAAAAUCUUGAUCCGCCUCUACGGCGCGAAGUUGUUCAAGCGCCGAGACGUGCAGCAGAUGACACCGCUGCACAGAAGUGUCAUCGGGGGGAGGUUAUGGAUUGAAAAAAUGUCUGGGUCUGGAAGAUUGCAACUUGUCAUGCUGUCUUCGGAUUCGAAAAAAAUCUGUAUUGCAUGACCAGCAAGAGGAGCCCAGUUUGGUCUACACGGAGAGGGCAUUUCUCAUGCAGAAUAGGUAUCAGGAAGCCUUCUAGAAAUAUGUGAUGCUAGGCCAUGCAUUACAGCCAUCAGGGGCCAUGCAAAAUAUGCAUGACAAGUCUGGCAAUCUUCCAGACCCAGACAUUUUUACAGUUGAUAGAGGUACGACAUCGCGAAGAUCUUGCUGCAGGAAAACGUCGUGGACUACGAAGCGAAGUCGCGGUCGGAGGAAACCGCUUUCCAAAUCGCCGCGAGAACCGACGACUACAUGAUGAAAUUGCUGCGCAAGGAGAUCGACAGGCUGGACGAUGAGAAGCGGAUGAGCUGGCUCGGCACCGGGAAAGCGGCGCUGAUGAGCAACUGGAGACGGUUCAAGUUAGCGAUGCAAGAGAGGUGCGGGCUGGUGCUGCUCGGAAGAAAUAGUAGUGGUCGAGGUAAGGACCGAUCUUCCUCGAAGGGUGGGUCUUUUGAAACGGAGAUGACCAACGUCGAUCAGAACAACGCGAAUAAUUCGGAAAGAAUUUCAGAAAAGGACAGCAAGGACGGCAGGUGCCGCAGACGGAUGAAGGAAAAGCAGGAAGACGAUCCGUUUGGCAGCCCCUCUCCAAAACCGAGCAAAGAAACGCGCGCGGCGAGAAACGCGAUAGAACAGGGGGUAAAUUUGACGGAUUCAGUUUUUGCUUCUUCCGCAGCUGCUAGUAGCCUAGUAUCCUCUGCGGUGGCUGGUAGGUUCGCUUUUCUCGCCCCAAUUGCUUUGCGCGCCGCUGGCGUACUGCGGAAGACCGAAACCGGGAGGAAAGUUUUAGCGAAGUGCGGGCAAGUUUACUUGAAACUCUAUCCACCUAAUCCCGACGCAAUCUUGGAAGCCAUGCUGUCGCAGAAAAUGCCACUGCGCAAACCACGACUGAAAUUCACGGAGCUGUUCAUUCCGGCCAUUGUUCUUUCUCUCUCUUUCGUGAAGAUCUACUGGUCCCGCUACCAAUUUUGCAACGUCUGGGGACUGCCAGAAGAGAACUUGUGCCCGGGAAGAAGUGUUGGCGCAUCAGCAGGCGUAGCAGAACUUGAUGCUGCAAGUGCAGCAUCAGCCGCUACGACGUCGCCUCCUAUUUCCCUUCACACGACGUCGAUUCUCACCGCUGACAGUCGACCCGAUAUUAUCGCUUCGAUCGACGCGGAAACAACAAGUUUCCUCCUGAACCCAGCAACAAUCGUGACUCUCCCGCUCUUCGCGUUGGCCCGGUUUCUCUCGAAUUUCAGCGUGGCGAAAGUCUCGAGCUUCUUUUGGUGGGUGGUUUUUGGAGACGUGACCAACCCGACCUUCUUCCAUAUGGCGUUCUCAACUGUUACAUCCUCAACUGUUACACGAAUUUGCAAUGCAAGAAGGGCAAAAGUGAAAGGAGGAAGAUUGCGCCUUUUGCAUUACAGAUUUGGGACGGAUUAUAGUGCUAUUUAGCCCUCCGCAAGUUUGUCAUGCGGAGCAGCUUGAUCGUGAGGAUGAUAAUGGUGCUUUUGCAUGACAAAUUCAUGUAACAGUUGAGAAUGUAACAUUUGAGAAUCCGAUAUUCCACUCGCUCAUGGUUCUCCUCGACUGGAUUUUCCUAAUUUCGUACUUCUAUCCAAGAAAAAAACGUAAAUUUGUGAUGCGCAACAUGCAAGAUGAUGGUGUCUGUCAUGCUUGGCAUGCGUCGUAGGGUCCAUUAAAGGGCGUUUUCACGUACUAUCUGCGCAUGACAGGUUUUUGCUGUCAUGCCAGACAAAUUUGUAAUGCUGUUCCUCCAAAAAAGUUACACCUACAAUCUUUUUUUCUUGGAUAACUGCAAAGCCUGGCUCAGUAACCCCGGCGCGGUGAAGGCGUUCAAAAACGAGAAGGACCAGCGCACCAUGAUCUGCAACUACCUGGCGGAGACGCACCAUUUGGAGAAGAUCAAUCUGUUAACCCAUUUCCGUUUGUGCGAGACCUGUUUCUGCAUCCGGGACUUCCGCACGAAGCACUGCCGAGUCUCCGGGGUGUGCGUGCACGACUUCGACCACUACUGCCCGUGGAUCGGCAACGCGGUCGGGCGGGGAAACCACCGCAGUUUCAUGGCGUUCGUCACCACACUGAUGGUCUCCUUGGGCAUGAUGUUCAUAAGGUUCAUCGAGUUUUUCUACUCGUGCUGGUUCUAUCCCGAGCGAUUCGGGAUCGACUUCGAGACGUUUUUGAAAGACGAGUGGGAUAAAAAUUCUAUUUCCUCGUCUAGUAAUACCCGAAGCCUGACCUUCGACGCCGCAUUGGCUUUAUCAACCGCAGCUCCAGGAGCUCCAAGCGGAUCAGCCGGCCAAGACGUGUCCUUGCCCAUCUUCACUCCAGCGGCAGAUGAAGUGGUCACAACUACUCCUAUCGUGCCCACGACAUCAGAAACGGGGUCCACCACGCCGGUGGAAAUCGUGAUGCCACGACGGGUGUGGGGACAGCCCAGUUGGUUCACGAGAUUUGCGGUCUACUGGACAGUCGGUUGGUUUUACACCGUGGAAGACCCCUCCAAGGCGUUGCAACCGAUAAUAAUAGACAGCGGUGCUACGAGUGCUGGUGGUGCAGCAGCAGAUGUAGUUGGACUUGGAGCUACAGUUGUACCAGGUGCUGGCAAUCAUGCACCAGCACCGCCUACUUCACAGAUCGUGAUCACGAACACGCAGCAGGCGCCGACGAGCUUAACCGGAAAAGUGAUCCACUUCCUACUGUACCACGCGACAGACGACCACAACUUUCUCGGGCACUGUAUCGUCUUUCUGCUCGACGUGGUCCUGUUUGCCUGGCUGAUCGGCCUGACACUGUUUCAGCUUAAGGUGGUCAUGGACAACAUGACGACCAACGAGCAACUGAGCGCGCACAAGUACCCGCACCUCUGGAAAACCAUCAUGGUGAAAACCACCGCAAGGGCAGGGACGAUGGGGCAGAAAAAGUGUUGCGCCCACCACGAUCACGGUAAUGAUCACGCGCAUGAUCAUGAGGAGGAAGAGGACAUAUGUGUGGACGAGGAGUUGGAGAACAGAAUGAAUGGACAAGGACAUCAUCAUCAUCCCUCACACCCACCGCCCCAGCGCCCGCGGAUGCAGCCGCGCCGGGUGUUUUCGAACGCCUACAAUGACAAGGGGUCCGUGAUGAACAACUGCCGGGAUUUUUGGUUCACGCGGCACGACCCGGUCGCGCAACAGGACGAGCCGUCCAACCGGCUGUACCGCCGAAUUUUGCAACAGCAGGGAAUGCUGGAACUAACGCAGGCGGUCACCGGUGGCGGCUUGCUCGCGUCCGUCCUCGGAAGUGCAGCGGGGGCGACUCCUAGUAGUUCUGGGACGCGCGCGCGAGGGAUUUUCGCGACGUCAAAUCAGGGCGGACAAAGCAACGGAGGCGGCGAUAUCGAAGUAGACUAAAGAUCUCUUGUAAUGCCACGAGGUUAGACAAGAAGUUAACAUUUAACAAGGGGCGAUGUUAAAAGUCGCGAAGGAAUAUAGUACAUCUGCUCCUGCUGUAUGUAUCGUUCGCGUCCUCAUGCUUUUGCUUAUCGUACUACUGCGCCGCUGCCCCCGAGAAAGAGCAAAUUUUGCUUCCAUUUUUUCCGAGAAUCAUUUUGCAACUAGGUGUAUUUUCUUUUCUCUUCCUAGACCGAGCCUGUAAAAUGAAGAUGUACUUGUAUCCUAAUUGAGUUGCAGACACAUUUGCGGCUCUCAAUUUUUCAUAUUGGUUUGGUUAGUCUAAAUCAAUUCUAGCGCUCAUGAUCAAGCGCGUCCUGUAUUCUAGUCACAUGUCUAGAUCUCUACCCCAAUACAAACAAACGUAACGCAGAUUGCAGUUUUAUCGCCACCAUUUACAACCCAGAAUCUCAACCCUAUGGUAUUCUUGAGACGUUCCAUCCCUAACCCUUUUACUUCCGCGAGAUAUGCGUCGCGUAGCGAUUAUAUCAGUUCACAUGAUCAAGCAAGAGGGUUGCACACUCCGACACCGGGCUGGCUGCCCGGUGUCGACCAGCUUCGGCUGGGUCUCUGUCCUUUUUCCAGAAAUACCGCAUUGUCUUGGCUCGCCUAGAUUUUGCGUUUUUUCCCACCCUCCCACCCGACUUGAGGUCGCGAGACCCCUUGCGGCACCCCUCGCAAGCCCGCCCUAGAUAUUCGGCGGUCCCAGUCGCGCCUCGCGGCUUGGGCCACCUCUAUGUCCGGGGCAUGGCUCUGUGGGGGUCGAGAGCCUGGCUUGCAUGGCCUGCUACCCGUAGCUCGUUGUGCCGGCCGGGUUCUCUCUUGGCUGCCAUUGUGACUGUCGCUCGAGGUCUUGCGACUAUCACUGCGACGCGCUUCUGCACGUCAUUCGCUUCCGUUGGUUGCGCGCGCGUUCACUCUAUGGGUGAAUUGCGCAGAGAAGGUGAAAUUAUAUGCGUCGCGUAGCGAUUAUAUCAGUUCACAUGAUCAAGCAAGAGGGUUGCACACUCCGACACCGGGCUGGCUGCCCGGUGUCGACCAGCUUCGGCUGGGUCUCUGUCCUUUUUCCAGAAAUACCGCAUUGUCUUGGCUCGCCUAGAUUUUGCGUUUUUUCCCACCCUCCCACCCGACUUGAGGUCGCGAGACCCCUUGCGGCACCCCUCGCAAGCCCGCCCUAGAUAUUCGGCGGUCCCAGUCGCGCCUCGCGGCUUGGGCCACCUCUAUGUCCGGGGCAUGGCUCUGUGGGGGUCGAGAGCCUGGCUUGCAUGGCCUGCUACCCGUAGCUCGUUGUGCCGGCCGGGUUCUCUCUUGGCUGCCAUUGUGACUGUCGCUCGAGGUCUUGCGACUAUCACUGCGACGCGCUUCUGCACGUCAUUCGCUUCCGUUGGUUGCGCGCGCGUUCACUCUAUGGGUGAAUUGCGCAGAGAAGGUGAAAUUAUAUGCGUCGCGUAGCGAUUAUAUCAGUUCACAUGAUCAAGCAAGAGGGUUGCACACUCCGACACCGGGCUGGCUGCCCGGUGUCGACCAGCUUCGGCUGGGUCUCUGUCCUUUUUCCAGAAAUACCGCAUUGUCUUGGCUCGCCUAGAUUUUGCGUUUUUUCCCACCCUCCCACCCGACUUGAGGUCGCGAGACCCCUUGCGGCACCCCUCGCAAGCCCGCCCUAGAUAUUCGGCGGUCCCAGUCGCGCCUCGCGGCUUGGGCCACCUCUAUGUCCGGGGCAUGGCUCUGUGGGGGUCGAGAGCCUGGCUUGCAUGGCCUGCUACCCGUAGCUCGUUGUGCCGGCCGGGUUCUCUCUUGGCUGCCAUUGUGACUGUCGCUCGAGGUCUUGCGACUAUCACUGCGACGCGCUUCUGCACGUCAUUCGCUUCCGUUGGUUGCGCGCGCGUUCACUCUAUGGGUGAAUUGCGCAGAGAAGGUGAAAUUAUAUGCGUCGCGUAGCGAUUAUAUCAGUUCACAUGAUCAAGCAAGAGGGUUGCACACUCCGACACCGGGCUGGCUGCCCGGUGUCGACCAGCUUCGGCUGGGUCUCUGUCCUUUUUCCAGAAAUACCGCAUUGUCUUGGCUCGCCUAGAUUUUGCGUUUUUUCCCACCCUCCCACCCGACUUGAGGUCGCGAGACCCCUUGCGGCACCCCUCGCAAGCCCGCCCUAGAUAUUCGGCGGUCCCAGUCGCGUCUCGCGGCUUGGGCCACCUCUAUGUCCGGGGCAUGGCUCUGUGGGGGUCGAGAGCCUGGCUUGCAUGGCCUGCUACCCGUAGCUCGUUGUGCCGGCCGGGUUCUCUCUUGGCUGCCAUUGUGACUGUCGCUCGAGGUCUUGCGACUAUCACUGCGACGCGCUUCUGCACGUCAUUCGCUUCCGUUGGUUGCGCGCGCGUUCACUCUAUGGGUGAAUUGCGCAGAGAAGGUGAAAUUAUAUAAGUAUUUCAUGGCGCAUAUUUCAUCCGCUUGAUUUUGACAGCAUGACCACGUCGAAGAUUAAGCUGACAAAGACAAACCCAGCAUUCGCAUAUUUGUUUCAGUAUUUUCGCUGAAAGACCAAGACGAAAGGCGUGCGGCGACUUUCUCUCCGUUGUUCCGUAAAAAAAAUAAAAGACGUCCACGCUAUAUGAGUUUUUUAUUCAUCAUGCAGGUCGCUCGGUGUCGUGGUCGUUGCGAUUUAUUUUUCGUGAUUUUCAUUCCAGAAUAUGAAUAAUUUUUCCACAACUUUUGGAUUGCAUUCCUUUACAGCAAAUCGAAAUCACUUUUUACAAAAUGCGUGUGGCGCACCAGUGCCUUCUACCAGCUUUCAAACCUUUUAUCGGCACCGCGUCACUUCUUUCCAG